ACCUAAUGCGGCUGCUCAUGUCUGAACCAACAAGUGAGAGUAGGAAGGAAGUGCAGCCAGCAGACAGACAUACACUCUCACACAGUGAGGACACACAGACACUUUUGCAGAGACUCUGAUCGGCCGAGCGAGGAUGAAGAUGAAGCUGGUUCAUGCUCUUCUGGUGGUGGCAGUGAUGUCAGCACCGGUGAACGCAGAAUUCAAAACGACAAGUUGGACGACGCCGGGACCUCAAGGAAUGAAUUUAAAGGGGAAGAUGUUCACUUUGUCUCAAUAUGAAGGAGGAAUUUCAUUCUAUCCACCCUAUUUUUCCCCCACCCCUUCCACUACUUACUACAUCACCACUGACAUACCCACCUCCACCUCCUAUCCCUGGACCACAGCACCUACUACUAGAAGUGUGUCGGUGUGUCUGCGUUACCUCAUUGACUUUGGACAAACAAGUAACCCCAGAAUCUUCACACUCAGUCCAUCCAGUACCCCUCUGCUGGUGAACGUUGAUCAACUUGGUGUUUAUACACUAAACUUUAACCAAUACAGUUACAACACACUGUACAUGAAACCUAGCAUAAGGUUCUGGUCAACCAUCGGACCGGACAUCUGGAGCAGAUUCUGCUUCACCUUGGACUCCACAAAGAAUGUGGCUCAGGUGUUUAGCGGCUCCAACAUCAGCAUCAGGAAGUUGAUACGUUAUCAGUAUGUCUGGUCAGGUGAGCCUGUAAUUCAAUUUGAAGGUUUUGACGGUCAGGUGACAGACGUCCAGAUGUGGGAUUAUCCUCUCAGCUACAGAGAAGUCUUCAAGUACAUGACCAACGGUGUCUACGGGCCGUACCGCGGCUCUGUCCUCACCUGGUCCUCCAUCAACUACACUCCCAGUGGAAACACGCUGUUGGAGGACGUCUAUGAGUGGCAGGCAAAACAGCAGAUCAGCGGCAGGAGGAGAGGCCGUCAACCAAAGGGAGGGAGGAAGAACAGAAAAUUUGUUAAUGCUGAGAGAGAGAAGAAGCAAUUAUAGAUCAGCUUUAAUGAAACAUACAACAUGUGUGUGAGAGGCUGGAUCUUCAUCAUGAUUUCCUUAACGAGAAUAAUCAUUUGAGCAUUUAUCCAAUCACUAAUUAGUCAUUAAUGAAAUUCAGACAUUGCUGUUCUGAUGAACGUAUGUGAUUCAGUGUUUCCCACACAUUGACUAAUUUGUGGUGUCAUUUUUGAUUAGUGUAAAUAAGCUUUACUGUUCUACAGGAGUUUGUAACUUCCUGGAAAACCAUAAAAAUGUUGAUGACUCAUCAUGCUCUAGAUGUUCUCAUGUUCAUUUUUCGUAUAAUAAAUACUUACUUUACUUUA